UCUUCUUCUUCUUCUCUAGUCAGCCGUUUCUUUUUGUAAUUACUCUCAGCUACAAGCCAGCCAUAAAAAUAUACAGAUCAUGUUCCGUACUGCCCUGUCCCAAGUUUAUCGGUCGCCGUCAGUAAUGACCCGCCUUCCCGCCGUCAGAUCUGCCGCAUUCGCGCGCCGCCAGUACUCCGACAAGCCCGCAGACGAGGCGUCGCCCAAGGCUGAGGAGGCCAAGGCCGGAGAGGCUAAGGCGGUGAGCGCCGAGGAGUUUGCCAAGCUGCAGAAGCAGGUGGAGGAGAAAGACGCGAAGAUCAAGGAGCUCAAGGACGCGUACCUGCGGUCGCUGGCAGACACCGAGAACCUGCGCACACGCAGCAAAACCGAGCUCGACAACAUGAAGGUGUUUGCGAUCCAGAAGUUCGCAAAGGACCUGCUGGAUACCGUCGAUAUCCUGGAGCUGGCGCUGAAGCACGUGCCGAAGGAGCACCUGUCCGACAAGACCAACCACAAGUCGCUCAACGACCUGUUCGAGGGCGUCGAUAUGACCAUGGGCAACCUGCUCAAGACCCUGGAGCGCCACGGCGUCGAGUCGUUUGACCCGAUCGACAAGGUCUAUGACCCGAACACCAGUCAUGCGCUGUACCAGGUGCCCAUGCCGGGCAAGGAGCCGGGCACUGUGUUCAGCGUCGAGAAGCGCGGAUACAUCAUCAAGGGCCGCGUUCUCCGGCCUGCCCAGGUUGGCGUCGUGCUCGAUCCGAACGGCAACUAAGCCGUGCGUCCUUCCUACUCUAGAUCUCACCCUCUAUAAAUUGCGUACCAGUAUCGGCAGAAGCCGCUUCAGUGCUAUUGUG